AUGAGCAAUAUCAUUCCCAUCGGGCAUGGUAUUACAGCCAAGGCAACCAUUAAAUACGAUCAUAUCUUGAAUCCAGGUCCAAGCCAAAUAAACAUUUAUGCUGUCAAACCUUAUAAACUUCCGUCGCUUCGGCUCAAGAAGCUUCAAUUUCCAAUACCCCGUCUGUCCGUCUCGAUAUGA